AUGAAUUAUGUGUUCGGAGAUCUCGUCGAUCUCUACUUUUUCCGUCCGCCGGAGUUCUCGCUGGACCGACCAAGAUAUGAUCCGAAGCGUUACAAGGGUCGAUUGAAACAGAUUGUGACAAUGCUCGAUCCGAGACUCCUGUUCAAGACGGAUGAAGAUGUGAUGGCGGCGAAGGAGUUGUUGCAAAGGUUUCGUGAUGGGGAGAAUACUGGAGCUAAUGAUAAGGAGUUGUGGGCAGCACGGAAGCUGUGUGAGGCAGCGAUUCAUCCGAUUACCCAGGAGGUGAUCCCUCCAUAUGGUCGGAUGGCGUCCUUUGUACCGAUCAACGUACCCAUUGUAUUGGGCAUGCUCACUAUGCAUUCAACACCGGCUAUAGUAUUCUGGCAAUGGGUGAACCAAAGCUAUAAUGCUGUGUUUAAUUAUUGUAAUCGUAGUGGUAUGGAGAUGACGACUGAGCAGCAAGCUGUGUCCUAUGUUCUGGCUACUGGUAAUGACUUCUUCUUGUUGUUGUUGAUUGUAUCUGGCUUCACUGAGGGAGAGGGAAGUAUGGAGUAG